AUGAACAAUACAAACAAAAUUACCGCAUGUUCAACCGCAUCGUGCACAAAAACAACUACUUCUGAUUCAUCUACAGCAUCCGCAAAUGAAAUCAUUAAUAUUCUUCUUCUUGACAGAAGCGGUGUAGGUAAAUCGACAUUUACAAACGCAUUUGUCAAUUAUCUUACAUUCGGGACACUUGCAAAAGCUGAACAAAGUGAACCUGUUGUACUCAAACCUGUCUCAUUUAUCAUGACAACUGGUGACAAUUUUGACGAGCACAUAAUAAAAUUCGGCGAUUCAGAUAAUUCAAACAAUGAAAAUGCCAAUCAUUCAGGUGAAUCAGUAACACAACACUGUAAAUCUUAUUUAUUUCAUCUGAAGCAUAUUAAUGAAAAGAAAAUACGCAUCAUUGAUACAUCUGGCGUUGGUGAUACACAAGAUAUUUAUCGAGAUGAUAUUAACAUGCAACACAUAUUAGAAUAUAUCAAUGAUCUGACACAUUUGAAUGCUGUAUGUUUCCUUUUUAAGCCAAAUGCAUAG